AAUGGUAUAGAAUAGAUAGAUUAUGAAGGCGGGACUACUUGUUUGAGUUUUCUUCCGUAUUUUCUUGGAUUGGUGGGAGAUCGUCUGAUUGAGCAAUACUUAUAUGAGCAGAGCCGUGGAGAGCCUAUCCUUCCCCUCAGCUGAUCGGAAACGACGCCCUCCGAGUCUGUAGCUCAAAGCCAGCUUUCAAGUCUCCAUAGGACAUAUCGACCAUCUAAGACUUAUCAAUUUAUUCCAGUACCAGCUAAAGAAAAAGGCUCCAAAAUGUCUCAGAAGAUCAAAGCUGGUUCUGUGGUCGAGAUGCAAGGAGAUGAAAUGACCAGAGUAAUAUGGGAUCUUAUAAAAGAGAAACUCAUCUUCCCAUACCUGGAGCUCGACCUGCACAGCUAUGAUCUGGGAAUGGAGAACCGUGACGCCACUGAUGACAGGGUGACCGUAGAGGCGGCAGAGGCCGUAAGGCACUUUAACGUUGGCAUCAAGUGCGCCACAAUCACCCCUGAUGAGAAGCGCGUGGAAGAGUUCAAGCUUAAGCAGAUGUGGCGUUCUCCCAAUGGAACAAUCAGGAACAUCCUUGGUGGCACUGUGUUCAGAGAAGCUAUUAUCUGUAAAAACAUUCCCCGCUUGGUUCCGGGCUGGAUCAAGCCUAUUAUCAUCGGCAGGCACGCACAUGGUGACCAGUACAAAGCCACAGAUUUUGUUGUUCCCGGGCCUGGAAAAGUGGAAAUGACAUUCACACCCAAGAACGGAGGAGAGCCACUUCAGUUUGUUGUCCAUGACUUUGAAGGUACUGGUGGAGUUGCGCUGGGAAUGUACAACACAGAUAAUUCUAUCCGGGAUUUUGCUCACAGCUCUUUCCAAAUGGGGCUGACCAAAGGCUGGCCGAUGUACCUCAGUACUAAAAACACAAUUUUAAAGAAAUAUGAUGGGCGCUUUAAAGACAUCUUCCAGGAGAUUUAUGAAAAAGAGUACAAAGCUCAGUAUGAGGCCAAAGGCAUCUGGUAUGAGCAUAGGUUGAUUGAUGAUAUGGUGGCUCAGGCCAUGAAGUCUGAGGGAGGUUUUAUCUGGGCUUGCAAGAACUAUGAUGGAGAUGUGCAGUCAGACUCUGUAGCUCAGGGUUAUGGGUCAUUAGGAAUGAUGACCAGCGUGCUUAUUUGUCCGGAUGGGCGUACGGUAGAAGCUGAGGCCGCCCAUGGCACUGUUACGCGGCACUAUCGUAUGCACCAACAGGGCAAGGAGACCUCCACCAACCCCAUUGCCUCUAUCUUUGCAUGGACAAGAGGACUCUUGCACCGGGCAGAGCUGGAUAAGAACGCAGAGCUGCGAGUAUUUGCAGAAGCCCUGGAGGCUGUUUGUGUAGAGACCAUUGAAGCUGGUUUCAUGACCAAGGAUCUGGCCAUUUGCAUUAAGGGCAUGUCUAACGUUGCACGCUCAGAUUACCUCAACACCUUCGAGUUUUUGGAUAAACUGGCUGAUAAUCUGAAAAUCAAGUUGUCGAGCCAACCCAAACUUUAAAGUUACUUGACAUAAGCAUUCACUGAGAGACACACACACUGACACGCAACACUCGACCAACGCCAAACCACAGAUGCUGUUAGUCUCAUCUACUGUCUGACUGUGACCACAGACAGAGAAGUUAUGAAUCAUUCAGUACCACUACAAACCAGAAGAGGGAGCCGUGCACUUUCAGCUGGAUCUUUUUAAAUGAAAGGAGCUACCUUCAUUACACUUUUAAAAACACACUGGAUAUAUGCAUUUGCAUAUAUGAAGGAAGUGUCGUAUUUAGGAAAUACUUGUAAUGAUUUUAACAUAAAAACUUUAAUUUUGAGUUGCAUUCAUAAAUAUGCUGUACAGCCUGUGAUGUACUUGAACACCUGUUGCCUUAUCAGUCCUUGUGUGUAUUUGUCUUGUCAUCAGGCAGCCACUUUUAAAGCCCACAUGAAGAAGAGUGAGAUCAGAGUCUCAACAUGCCAGUAAAAACCUUUUAACUGUAAUGGCUGUAGUUCAAAUCAGUUGUCAUUCCUUUUUAGUUUUGGUCAAACACUAUUUGCCACUGUCUGUCAACUGGUUUUCAAAUGAAUUUGCGUGUAUGCAUCGUACAUAAUGUUCUGUGCUUCUUUUUAUUUUAGUCUGUGUGCUCAUGUGAUGUUGUGUCAUAAGCUUGUUAAUAAAUAAAUCGUUUUAAGAUGA